AUGUCCCGUCCUCCCGCUGACCGCUUCUCCGUCUGCUGCUCGCUCCCCGACUCUGGAUCUUUCUGCUCCCAGGACGAGGCUCCAGUCCUGCCCUCCCCCCACAGCACUGCCACCGGCCUACCAGACCCCUGCCCUCGUCACCGCGACCUGCCAGACCCCUGCCCUAACCUGCCGGAUCCCUUCCCUCAUCACCAGGACCUGCCCUUCAGAUGUGGAACCUCGGACCAGAACUGUACCAUGAAGAGGUUCCAGAACACGCCAAGUCUGGAGAGCCGCAGCAGCUCACUCGACACCGUGAUCUACAGCAUGUCGCGGUCUUCAGGCGCCACACGGGACUCAGGCCAGCAGCCCUCACCUCCCGGAUCCAACUCCCCACCACCCACUGCCGGAGAGCCACACCGACCUUCAGCGCCAUCGCAGACUCCCCACUCUGCCCAGAGACUGUUCUCGCCUCAGUUCUCACCUCUGAUCUGCAGGAACAUCUCGCCGCUGGCGGCCAGGGAGCUGCUGCGCUUCACGUUCCCGUCUCCGGUCUCCAGCUCCGUCAGUUUAGAGAAGUUUGCAGCAGAAGACCCUCUGUACGCCGCCAAAACUCUGCACACGGACCAAGACUACGACAGGACUCUGCACACGGACCAAGACUACGACAGGACUCUGCACACGGACCAAGACUACGACAGGACUCUGCACACGGACCAGGACUACGACAGGACUCUACACACGGACCAGGACUACGACAGGACUCUACACACAGACCAGGACUACGACAGGACUCUACACACGGACCAGGACUACAACAGGACUCUACACACGGACCAGGACUACGACAGGUAUCUACACACGGACCAGGACUACGACAGGACUCUGCACAGGGACCAGGACUACGACAGGACUCUACACACGGACCAGGACUACGACAGGACUCUGCACAGGGACCAGGACUACGACAGGACUCUGCACACGGACCAGGACUACGACAGGACUCUGCACACGGACCAGGACUACGACAGGACUCUGCAGACGGAUCAAGACUACAACAGGACUCUGCAGACGGACCAGGACUACGACAGGACUCUACACACGGACCAGGACUACAACAGGACUCUACACACGGACCAGGACUACGACAGGACUCUGCACACGGACCAGGACUUGCAGGAGUUCUGUGACUCGUUAGAGCGACUGGAGAAGCAGGACUCUCUUCUGCAGCAGUCGGUUCAAACUCCUCGUCUUGUCUCGUCCUCCAGCGACUCGUGUUUAGGCGUUUGCCGACGGUGCAGAGAACGUUACCCAACAUUCAAGAACAGGAAGUGCCGAGACCAAGGCACCAUGACUUCCAACAUGGCACUGGCGGUGGAUGUCGGAGUCCAGACCUCGUCAAGACUCGGUUCUUGCUGUAACUUGGAUUGUUCCAAUGUAGACUCUCAGUCAGUCCUGGGGUCUCCCUCAGUCCUGGGGUCUCCCUCAGUCCUGGGGUCUCACUCGUUCCUGGGGUCUCCGCCCGGAUCUCGGUUGAACCUGCGCUGCACCGUGGGCUCGCACUCCAACCUGGUCUCGCCGUCCUCCAGCAUGUUCGCCAUCCACAGCGAUGAAGACGAAGGUGAUGCAGUGCAGCAGGAUGUGUCCUGGGAGACGGAGACAGAGACAGAGACAGAGCAGCGUCGGUCGUGUCUGAAGACGCAGGACGAGAGCCGUCAGCUCGGGCAGCGGCGCAGCAGUAUGAAGCAGGUGCAGUGGGACGAGGACGGUAUGACCUGGGACGUCCACGGCGCCGCCCUCGACCCCGAGGAGCUGAACAUGGCGAUCCAGAAGCACCUGGAGCUGAGGUGCUCUGAGGAGCCGCAGGAGGAGCAGGAGGAGCAGGAGGAGAAACACAAACAGAAGAAGAAAUCACCCAAGAAGAAGAGAGCGCCCAAACCCCCGCAGAAGCCCCCGCUGAUUCUGAUCGAAGGAAAAAGCAAAGAGGAGACAAGAAGGAGUGGGGGGGAGGAGGGGCACGUGGAGGAGGCCCAGGAGGAGGAGGUGAGGAGAGGGUCUCAGUCUCCAGGAGUCAUACAGAAGAGGAAGCUUUCAUUCAAGACACCAGGCUGGUGUGGAGGCACCAAGAACCAGGACUAA